UUUUACCCCCUUUAUCCCAACCAUUAUAAUUUAUAAGCCCUCAAACUAGCGUUCUUCUUCUGUAGAUUCUCCCGACUCCGCCUUCUCCAAAAACACCUUUCUCUCCGAUCAAAUCGAUCUAUACGCAGAAACCAGGUUUGAAUAUUUACACAAUGACCCUUGGCUCAGGUGGAUCCAGUGUUGUCGUCCCUAGGAAUUUCAGAUUGCUGGAGGAGCUUGAACGUGGAGAAAAGGGAAUCAGUGAUGGGACUGUGAGCUAUGGAAUGGAUGAUGGUGAUGAUAUUUACAUGCGAUCUUGGACUGGUACCAUAAUUGGUCCUCAUAAUUCUGUACAUGAAGGGCGCAUAUAUCAGUUGAAGCUAUUUUGUGAUAAAGAUUAUCCAGAGAAGCCUCCAGGUGUUCGUUUCCAUUCCCGGGUUAACAUGACUUGCGUAAACCAUGAAUCUGGAGUGGUGGAGCCGAAGAAGUUUGCGAUUCUAUCAAAUUGGCAGAGGGAGUAUACAAUGGAAGACAUACUGACUCAGCUGAAGAAAGAAAUGGCUGCUCCACACAACCGUAAGCUGGUCCAGCCCCCUGAAGGAACCUAUUUCUAGUGUAAACAUAUUUCAACCUCCUCUAUUGUCCGAUCACGAUCACCAUAUGCUUAUUUUAUAGUUUAUAUUAUUUUAAGAUGUAAGUUGAAACUCUGUUGAAUUCGGGUUCUUUUUCUUGUUGAACGAUGUUGGGAUGUUUGGUGAUGGAAUUUGUUCUGUGUGACUAUCAUUGAAGAUAUCUUGUCAAUAUCCAUAGUAUUUGUGUUCAUGAAUUCUCUGAUUUUGCCCCCAUGUAAGGGUAAAAUUGACCAAUGAAGGAUUUACAUGGUGUCAUUCUUUAUUUCAAAUGGUGUUUAUCUCAACUUGUGAGUUGACUUUGUAAUGUAUACUUGGUGUGUACGUGA